AUGGUGAAAACUGAAGACAGCAAAUCACCAGCAGAUAUUUUUGGUUUAUCCCGACUAUUCAUCGUGGCUCCAGAAGAAGAAGAAGAAGAAGUUGUACACGUGCCAGCCAUGCCACCGAAAGCUUUCAAGCCGUAUGGAUCACCUCCAAGAUUUGAUCUCGAUGAAUACAAAGAUUCAUUCGAGCUUUGGCACCAACAAUGGAAGAUUUUUCUCGCGCUUUCAACCAUCGACUCUGUACUUGAAGACGGUGAGCGCCCAGCCUACAAAACUAACAUUUUACUUUCUUGUCUCUCAAAGGAAACUCUUCAAUCCGUUAUGUCUAUGGAGCUAACUGAUGCUCAGAUGGGGGAUCACGAGGUCGUGAUCCAGAAGUUGCGUGAACGCUGUAAUGCAGGACGAAAUCGACACGUCUGGCGCCAACAAUUCGCUUUAAGCAAACAACGAGCGAACGAGGCUGCCGACAAUUGGCUUUGCGAUCUCCGUGAUCUAGCUCGCAAGUGCGAAUUCGACACUGACUGCUGCGCAAAUUGUCAACCCACCCGCAUCCUUGGUCAAGUAGUCCAUGGAGUUUACGACGAUGAAAUCCGACGGAAACUCCUCGAAAAAGGUGCAACCCUUACUCUCGACCAAGCCAUCGACAUUCUACGUGUAGCAGAGGCUGCUUCUCAACAAGCAACAAAUCUGAAGACUGGCGACGCGGCAGCAAUUCAAGCGCUGCCCAAAUCGUCAUACAAGAAAGGUAAAUCUCAAACACCGCCCAGCACGAAAUCCAAUCAGUCGGCGAAGGACAGACCGUCCGGUAAGCAGCCGAAAGAUGACAUCAAAUCAGAAGGAUGCUGGAACUGUGGCAGUGAAACCCGCCACUCACGUCAACUAUGCCCAGCAAACGGAAAAGAAUGCGGCAAGUGCACGAAGAUUGGUCAUUUUGCAAGAGUGUGCAGCUCAAAGAAGAGCACAAAACCGCCUCAAACCGGAUGCAUCACGCUCGACCCUAAUUCUCCAGCUCGUGUUGCAGGCAUAGAAAAGUCCGAUUUCGUCAAAGCAGGAAUUCAACCCAAUGGCAGUAAGAAAGAACUUAUCAUUCAAAUUUUGCCAGACACAGGGGCACAAAUCGACGCCAUCCCGGCCGAUAUGUACCACGACGAAAUUCGAGACACCAAGCUUUUGCCCAGGGGCACCAACGCCAUUACAGCUACCGGAAGCCCCAUCAUCAGCAUCGGAACGUUCGAAGCAACAAUCCGUUGGCCAACGGGUAAAAAGAGUAAAUCAAUCAAAACAAUCUUUCACGUAUUACAGGAUCUUAAACAGCCGGUGCUAUCGAAGAUUACUCAAAAAGCACUCGGAAUGUUGCCAGCUGGUUACCCUCACGAGAGCAUCAACGCAAUCAAAAAGGAGGAGCCACGAAACGAUCCUGGCUCCAAGUUUUUUCCGCGUCUCAUGGCGACAGUCGGAAUCAACCCGACGGAAGAGAGGAAGAAGGAGGACCUAAACCAGUUAACGGCCGUCCAUCCCCACAUCUUUGACGGAAUCUGUCGACCCAUGGCGGGCCCGGCAUGUCAUUUCGAGCUCAAGGAAGGCGCGAUUCCAGCCGCCAUCCGCGGAUCUCGUCCCGUCUCAGUCCCUCUCAUGCCAAGAUUAAAACAGGAGCUGGACCUCCUCGAGAAGCAGGAGAUAAUCCGGAAAGUAACGGAACCAACAGCUUGGGUCCAUCCGAUGGUGCUGGCCACGAAGAAAGAUGGCGGCAUCAGAGUUUGUGUGGAUUUCACGAUCUUAAACCACAACAUCAUCCGGCCGAGAUUCGACACGGCCACACCUUUCCAAGCAGUGCGAACGAUUCCACCAGGUAUGAAAUUUUUCACAAUAAUCGACGCCCUGAAAGGUUAUCACCAAGUGCAACUGGACGAAGAAUCGGCAGCCUUGACAACGUUUUCAACUCCGUUUGGCCGGUAUCAAUAUCGGCGCCUUCCGUUCGGCAUCACGCACGCAGGAGACGACUACAGCCGUCGCGUCUCCGAAGUCUUUGACGACAUCCCAAAUUACCGCCGGAUCGUCGAAGACGUGAUGGUUUUUUCUGCAACCUACGAGGAGCACAUCGAGCUGGUGCGCCGUCUUUUUCAACGAGCGGCCGACCACAACAUCGCGAUCAACGUUGGGAAAAUGGUUGGCAACUUUUCUACCAAAGUCGCCGAGUCGCUGAAGCCGCUGUCACCCCUUCUGAAAAAAGGAAUGCUGUGGGAGUGGACGACAACGCAUGAAGACGCGUUCCUAAAAGCCAGAAAAGCACUGUCUGAAAUGCACGACCUAGUCUUUUACGACCAGAAUCGACCGACAGCUCUACACGUCGACGCAUCUCGACUUUUCGGCCUUGGUUUCAUCUUGAAGCAAAAAGACGCCGAGGGGAGCUGGCGAAUGGUCCAAGCAGGCUCCAGGUAUUUAUCAGAAACUGAAUCGCGCUAUGCGAUGAUCGAGUUGGAGUGCUUAGGAGCAGCAUGGGCGAUGCAGAAGUGUCGUCAAUUCAUCGAGGGUCUGCCAACGUUCGAGCUCAUCACGGAUCACAAACCGCUAGUGCCGAUCCUAAACGACCACAGCCUCGACAAACUUGACAACCCGAGAAUUCUCCGUCUCCGACUCAAGAUGCAGCGUUAUCAGUUUAAAGCCCGAUGGGUGCCGGGAAAAGAAAACGUCGAAGCCGAUGCACUAUCCAGAGCGCCGGUAGACACCGCAUCCAAAGAAGACGAAUUAGCAGAAGGACCAGCGUCAUUUUCUGCAAAACUGGCCCUUAUUAACGCCAUCAGUGGGUCCGAUGCAGCAGUACUGGACCCCGUGCUUGAACGCAUCAAAAUGGCAGCCCAAAAAGACAAGCAGAUGAUCGAGUUGCGGGAGAUUAUCAUCAACGGUUUCCCAAACGACAAAUGCAAUUUAUCUCUAACUCUCCGUCCAUUUUGGAAUAUUAGGUCCCAGCUCGCAAUAGACGAGACAGAUGGAAUGUUCGUGGCAGGAACCAGGGUCGUAAUUCCAGCCGAAUGCCGUCAACCCCUACUCCAAGACUUAAUCAACAUGCAUCAAGGUGCCACGAAGCUAAGGCAGCGCGCAAGAAUGUCCGUGUAUUGGCCAGGAAUGGACAACGACAUCGCCAACGCCGCCAAAACAUGCCCGUCGUGCACCGAAAAACUUCCGUCGCUCCCGCGUGAACCGUUAAAACCACACGAAGCAGCGACCCGUCCGUUCGAACAGCUCCAUUCGGACAUUGCAACAGUGAACGGACGUGAUUUUCUCAUCAUCGCCGACCAGUACAGCGGUUGGCCAGACGUCAUCCCAUUCCCGAACAAAAACACGACAGCCCGUCGCGUCGUCGAUGCAGUGCGUGAAUUUUUUAUUCGUGGUCCAGGAGCCCCUGUCAAAUUCUGGAGUGAUAACGGGCCCCAAUUCAAUGCCGUCGAAUUCAAGAAUUUUGCAAAAGACUGGGGCGUAUCAAUCGGAAAUUCAGCGCCCCACUACCCCCAGUCAAACGGAUUUGCCGAAGCGACCAUCAAGAGCAUGAAGAAACUCAUCACUGGCUCAUGGAGAAAUGGCUCCUUCGACACAAACAAAUUCGCAAAAUCUAUUUUACUUUUCAGGAACGCUCCUCGCUCAGGUGCAGCAUCGCCAGCCCAAAUGGUAUUCAACCGACCAGUGCGCGACGCUCUACCGGCACACCGCCGAUCUUUUGCACCUGAAUGGCAGCUGAAAGCUGACAUCUUAGAAAAAAGGGCGAGAAGAGCAAAAGAAGUGCAAAUCGAGCACUACAACCGGACAGCUCACCCAUUGCAGCCCUUCGAAAUUGGAGACCAUGUGAUUGUUCAACACCCCGUCUCCAAAUGCUGGGCAACAACAGCAAUCGUCGUAGAGAUCGGCCCAAACAGGGAUUACAUCGUUAAGACACCAGCCGGUCGUCUUUUUCGCCGAAAUCGACGAAUGCUACGAAAAAGAGUGCCAGUCAUGCCAGGCAAUCCGCCUGCGGGGCCAUCAAUCCAGCCGGCCCCAACUCCACCGGAAGAAAAUCAACCCGGAUCAAAUGGAACAGCUGGAACCACCCGCCGGAAGCGCGGAAAAGCCAAGAGAACGCCAAACGAUACGCCGAGACGAUCAACACGCCAGACUAAACGUCCAACGCGAUACACCAAAUAG